AUGUGUUUCAACUACGAAAUCCAAGUGUUCUGCUGCAACUACAGCCAUUGCCCCAGCACCACGGCCACCAGCUCCACAGCCACACCCUCCUCCACUCUACCCUCUACCACGGUCACCAAGACUUCGGCCACCAGCUCCAUGGCCACGGCCUCCUCCACUCCACGGACCACCUGGAUCCUUACAGAGCCAACUACUACAGCCACCGUGACUGUGUCCACGGGCUCCACAGCCACCCCCUCCUCCACCACUGGGACUGCUCAGACCCCCACAGUGUUGACCACGACAGCCACCACAACUGUGGCCACUGGAUCCACAGCCACCCCCUCCUCCAGCCCAGGGACCACAGGCACCAUUCCAGCGCUUACCACCACAGCGACUACUGUGGCCACUGGCUCCGUGGCCACUGGCUCCAUGGCCAUGCCCUCCUCCACCCCAUUUCCUACUAUGCUGACCACCACGGCCACCACACCUGCAGCCAGCAGCACCCCAGCAACUCCCUCUUCUGCCCCAGGGACCACUCACACAUCCCCAGUGCUGACCACCACGGCCACCACACAUGGGCGAUCCCUGCCCCCCAGCAGUCCCAGCAUGGUUCCUACGGCCUGGACUUCCACGGGCACCUCGGGGACCACCCACAUCACAGAGCCCUCCACGGUAACUUCCCACACCACAGCAGGAAACACCGGCACUGCCACGCACUCCACUCCGGCCGUGUCCAGUCCUCACCCUCACGGCAGGACCACUGAGCCUCCCCCUUCUCCGGGGAAGACCACCCUUGGCCUCACCACGGCCACCUCCAGGACCACGGCCACAUCCAGAGAGACCCGGACCUCAACCCUGCUUCCUGGCAUCUCCACAUCGGCCCCCACAACCCCGGUGGUGUCCACAGGCUGUCAGCCCCAGUGCGCCUGGUCGGAGUGGCUGGACUACAGCUACCCCAUGCCGGGGCCAUCCAGCGGGGACUUCGAGACCUACUCCAACAUCCGCGCGGCCGGGGGAGCCGUCUGUGAGCAGCCGCUGCGCCUCCGGUGCCGUGCCCAGGCCCUGCCUGAUGUUCCCCUGCAGGACCUGGGCCAGGUCACGGAAUGCAGCCUGGACUUUGGCCUGGUCUGCAGGAACCGUGAGCAGGUGGGGAAGUUCAAGAUGUGUUUCAACUACGAAAUCCAAGUGUUCUGCUGCAACUACAGCCAUUGCCCCAGCACCACGGCCACCAGCUCCACAGCCACACCCUCCUCCACUCUACCCUCUACCACGGUCACCAAGACUUCGGCCACCA